AUGUCGCGACAUCGUCCCGUUCCCGUCGCCCCCCGUCCCUUCCUCGUCGCCCUCCGCGUCGUCGCCUCCCGUCCCCUCACCGUCCCGUCCUUGUCGCCCUCCGCGUCGUCGCCUCCCGUCCCCCCCUUUGCAUCACAUUUCCGUCCCGUCGCGUCCCCCGUCGCCUCCUGUCCCCUCACCGUCGCGUCCCCGUCGCCCUCCGUGUCGUCGCCUCCCGGCGUGGAGGACAAGGAAGAAGGAUCGGGACGGUCAGACGAGGAGGCAGGGAUAGAAGGGGCGAAUGAGGCGCGAACAGGAGAAACGGGCGAUGCGAAAACCGAGCCGGCGGAAGCGCAAGCAGAGACGAGCCCGGUGGCGGUUUCGGAAUUAGAGGCUCCGCCACGGGGAUCGCGCGGUCGAGACGAUCCCUACGAGGAAGGGCGGCACACGGAGAGCUCCGGACGGCAGGAGCUGGGCGGGCCAGAGAUGAGCCAUCAAGCGUGGCAGGCGCCAAAUUCGCGCGGCAAGGGGAAGGAGGAGCGGUCCCGCUCAGCGGAGAGGGAGCGGCGCCUCGGGGGAGGGCGUGUGGGCGAGUUCCGCCCGCGCGACGAGCGCCAGGAGCAGGGAGAGUGGAGCGGCGGCGCUUCGCAUUCGGCAGGAAGGGCAGCCGCGCGGGGAGAGAGGGUGAGAGGCGGAAACAGCGUCGCCGAAGUGGCACGGUCAGCAGCAAGGGGGACGCAGCAGCACCAUACGCUCGCCAGGCCGGACUAG